UUGCAGGCUCACUGAAAAUGGACUCUGUUGCAAGUGAAUCAAAGUACGGAUGUUUGCUGUUUGGUGACUCUCUCUCUCUCUCUCUCUCUCUCUCUCUCUCUCUCUCUCUCUAUAACUUACUGCAAGUCUUUCCAUGAAAAAAAAAGAGAGGAUAUUUGCGGGUCUUUGUUGCAGCCAUGCACACUCAUCUCUUGCACCGCAAAGGAGCCAACAAGACAAUAAAACACUCGGUUUCUUGUGUUUAAGCCCCAUGCUUAUAUGACGUAGUGCAUGACCUUUGAUUUGGUCCAAGAGGAGCGGCCAUUGGUCUUCUUGGGAGGCGCGGCUACUGCUCUGCCUAGUAGCUCAGUGGGUUUCCAGUUUCCUUAUGGAGUUUUCUCAGAGUUUCUUGGUUUUAGAGCAGGGUUUUGAAAACAGGAAUGAUUAUAAUUCUCAUAGUUGUCGGAAUAGUGGAUCACUCUCUGUGUGUGCAUGCGUGUGCAACGUGUCUAUCUAUAUAAAUAUAUAUACAUAUAUAGUCGGUUUGUAACAUGAGUGUACAUGCGAUACAAACCUGAAACCUUGAUUGAUUUCCCAGCUGAGUUGAGUUAAGAGUUCACUCGAGGGUUGUUCAUUCAUGGCUUCCUCCAGACCUGCUAUUUCAAGUAGCUCAAGCAGAAGUAGAAGGAAUAACGCAAUCAGGAUCAUAACCCAGACGGCAAUAGACGCUAAGAACGCCGCAGAGUUCGAAGAGCAGGGUAGCUCCUUCGAUUACACCCAAACCGUACUCCCAUCUCACGAAGUCAACUCCAAUCCCGAACCCCAGAGGACGUCAGACAAAGUCACGGCCUAUUUGCAGCACAUAAAGAAAGCCAAACUGAUUCAGCCAUUUGGUUGUUUGAUUGCCAUCCAUGAGGAAUCCUUCAAGAUCAUGGCUUACUCCGAGAACGCCCCGGAGAUGCUGACCAUGGUCAGCCAUGCCGUUCCCACGUCAAGCGAACGCUCUACUACAACUAGUCUCGGUAUCAGCAUCGGGACUGACAUGAGGACCAUCUUCACCUCUGCCAGCGCUGCCGCCCUGCAAAAGGCAUUGGGCUACAAUGAAGUCUCUCUUCUCAAUCCCAUCUUAGUCCACUGCAAGACCUCCGGCAAGCCUUUCUACGCCAUCGUCCACAGGGUCACUGGUUGCUUAAUUUUUGAUUUCGAGCCAGUGAAGCCGAGUGACAUACCAACCAGUACCACUGCCUCUGGAGCUCUCCAGUCUUAUAAGCUGGCUGCUAAGGCCAUUGCCAGGCUUCAGUCACUGCCUGGUGGUAGCAUGGAUACAUUAUGCGAGACUCUCGUGGAGGAAGUGUUCCAAUUCACUGGUUACGAUCGGGUUAUGGUCUACAAGUUCCACGAGGACGACCACGGUGAAGUUUACCAAGAGAUCACCAAGCCCGGUAUGGUGCCUUAUCUAGGCUUGCAUUAUCCGGCCACCGACAUCCCUCAGGCCGCCCGCUUUCUCUUCAUAAAGAACAAGGUCCGAAUGAUAUGCGAUUGCCGAGCCAAGCAUGUGAACAUACACCAGGAUGAGACGUUGCCCUUCGAUAUCACAUUUUGCGGUUCCACGCUCCGAGCAGCCCACAAUUGUCAUUUGCAGUAUAUGUCCAACAUGAACUCCAUCGCUUCACUUACCAUGGCGGUGGUUGUGAAUGAAGGGGAGGAAGAAGAUGACCACUUGGAACCUGGACAAUCAUCGCAGCAGCAGCAGCAGCAGCAGCAGCAAAAGAGGAAGCAUCUCUGGGGGCUGGUGGUCUGCCAUAACGAGAGCCCCAGGUUCCUCCCAUUUCCUAUGAGGUAUGCGUGCCAGUUUUUGAUGCAGGUGUUCUCCGUCCAUGUCACCAAAGAGCUGGAGUUGGAGAACCAGAUACGUGAGAAGAACAUCUUGAGAACCCAAACACUCUUGUGUGACAUGCUGCUCAGAGAUACUGCUCCUGUGGGCAUCAUCACACAGAGCCCCAACAUCAUGGACCUUGUAAAGUGCGACGGUGCGGCCCUGCUAUACGACGACAGGAUUUGGCGAUUGGGUUUGACUCCAACAAAGGAACAAAUACGAAGCAUUGCUCACUGGCUCGCAGAGCAUCAUAUGGCACCCACGGCCCUGAGCACUGAUAGCCUGCAGGAUGCUGGGUACCCGGAUGCUCAGGCUCUGGGUGAUUUGGUCUGUGGAAUGGCCGCAGCUUGGGUAACUUCCAAGGAUAUACUCUUCUGGUUCAGGUCCCACGCAGCGGCUGAAAUCCGGUGGGCUGGCGCAAAGCAUGAAACGGAUGACAAGGAUGAUGGGACCAAGAUGCAUCCCAGAUCAUCAUUCAAAGCGUUUCUCCAGGUCACCAAGAUGAAAAGCUUGCCCUGGAAGGACUUUGAGAUGGACGCCAUUCACUCCCUGCAACUCAUCCUCCGAGGGACUUUCAAUAACCCUCGGACUAGUGUCACCACCCAAAGGCCAUCACCAUCCUCGCCAGAUGAUGAGAAUAAGCCCGAAAGGGAAUUGGAACUACAAACUGUGGCCAAUGAAAUGGUGCGUCUCAUAGAGACUGCCAAUGCUCCCAUCUUGGCCGCGGAUGUCAAUGGGCUCAUAAGCGGGUGGAACACCAAAAUCGCUCAACUAACCGGUCUCUCUGCAGAGGACGCCCUUGGCAAGCAUUUGCUUGAGCUUGUGGAAGAGUCUUCAAUGGAAGUAGUCAGGAAGAUGCUUUUCUCCACAAUGCAGGGACAAGAAGAACAAAAGGUAGAAUUUCUGAUGAAAACCCACGGAGCACGGAGAGAGGCUGGCCCUGUUGUGUUGGUUGUGAAUGCCUGUGCGAGCCAUGACAUGAAUGGACGUAUUGCAGGGGCGUGCUUUGUUGCCCAGGACAUGACAGAUCAUAAGCUGGUGAUGGACAAGUUCAUUCGGAUCCAAGGGGAUUAUAAAGCCAUCAUUCACAAUCCCAGCCCAUUAAUCCCUCCUAUAUUCAGUAUAGAUGAGUUCGGCUGGUGUUCAGAGUGGAACACUGCCAUAGCUAAAUUAUCUGGAUGGUCCAGGGAACAAGUGAUAAACAAGAUGCUGCUGGGUGAGGUCUUUGGGGUUCACAACAAUGCAUGUUGUCGUCUGAAGAACCAGGAAGCAUAUGUAAAACUUUGCAUCAUAAUCAAUAACGCCAUGACAGGACAGGGAACCGAAAAAACUGACUUUGAUUUUUUCAACCGUAAUGGUGAACAUGUUCAGUGCCUGCUGUCAGUGAGCAAGAAGGUAGACUCAGAGGGAACGGUCACGGGAUUGUUUUUCUUCUUGCAAACUGCUAGUCAAGAGCUGCAAAAGGAGAUACAGGGGCAGCAGCACUCGGAGAAGUCAGCAAUAACGAGAUUGAAGGCUCUGGCCUAUGUAAGGAAUGCGAUAAGAACUCCUCUUUCAGGUGUUGUCUAUGCCCAGAAAACACUAGAGGCCACUGAUUUAAAUGAGGAGCAACGGAUGAUACUGAAGGCUGGUGCCAACUGUCACCUGCAGCUAAACAGAGUGCUCAGCGACUUAAAUCUUGAAAACAUAAUGGACUGCUGUCCGGAACUAGAGGUGGCUGAGUUUGUUCUGCGAGAUGUGGUGGUUGCUGCUGUGAGUCAAGUGAUGAUUACUAGCCGUGGUAGAGGGAUUAGAAUAAUCGAUAGCCUGCCAGAUGUAUUCCUGACUGAAAGCCUUUAUGGGGAUAAUUUGAGGCUUCAACAAGUAAUUGCCAAUUUACUGGUAGUGUCUGUGAAGUACUCGCCAAGUGGAGGUCUGGUUGAAAUCACUGCCAAUAUCAAUAAAGAUCGCUUGGGAGAACACAUCCAUCUGGUUCGUCUGGAACUCAGUAUAACACACACAGGCGGCGGAGUGCCAGAAGAAUUACUUUCCCACAUGUUUGGCAACUAUGAUGAGCUGCCCGUGUCUGAGGAGGGCAUUAGCCUGGUUGUAUGUAUGAAACUAGUCAAGCUCAUGAACGGAGAUAUCCACUAUAUCAGAAAAGAAGGCAAAUCGACUUUUGUUAUCUCCUUGGAGUUAGCUUCAGCAACCAACAAGACUAAAGAUUUGGCUCUGAGGAUUUCAGAGUGAGAACCAUACAUGUAGUUAGAAUACGUUGAAAAUUCAGCUCUGUGUUCUGUGAUGUGAUUGUGCCAAAAUUAGGAUCCUUUAACCUCCUGGCGGCAGCUGCUUUAUUGGUUUGUUGUCUUCUCUAUUUGCUUACUUGAACAAUGUAGUUGAUGUAUUUCUUUCA